GUUAUGACAAUAAUCAAAAAUGUUGUGUAUUCGUUACUGUCAAAAUUGUUAGUUCUUUGUUUACAAUUUAUAAAAAUGGCAUCGGACAUGCAGCCUUACAAACUGGCUUCAUCGUCAGUAAAUAAACAACCUUUCAAAAUAAUCGAGAUACCUUUGACGAAAUUCACAGGUGAAGUUAUUCCACAUCAUGAAAAAAUGUUUGAAGACUACAAAAGACACAUGAAUAAGGUUUUUGCAGAUCAAGACAAAGUGGAAAUAACAAAACAUAUCAAAGAAAAAAAGAAAGUGUCUAGGCAAAUUAAGGAUUUAAUGUACGAGUUAGACACACUUCGAACUCAAGUUCAAGAUGUAGAUCUGGAUAAAUUUGAUGUAAAAACUCUGGCAUUAAGAAAAACCUUAUUAAAACUUAUUUCUGGAUAUGCAGAUAUUGAAAAAACUGCAGAUAGAAUGCUUUACCCUUUAGGAAUGCAGAAAUCUCAAUCCAGUAUGCAAUCUUAUGAUUCUGAAAAUCCAUUUGAAGGAGCCCCCCAGCUCAAAGUGCAAUGUGUCGAAUCAGUGAAAUUGCACAAUUCCGAAAGUACUUUAACUGAAAUGCAAAAUAUAAAUCGAGAAGUGCAGGAUCUCCAUGAAAUGUAUGAACAGUUACAUGGAAUGAUUGAUCAACAAGCCCAAAGUGUUGAAAUAGUUGAAGAAAGUGUUGCUAGCACAUCAGUUAAUGUAGAGAGUGGCACAGGAUUUUUAUCAAAAGCAGCUAAACUAAAGGUAGCCACUUAUCCCCUGACGGGUGCAUUUUUGGGUACCAUAAUUGGAGGACCAAUAGGUCUUUUAGCUGGCAUAAAAUUUGGAGGGGCGGCUGCCGUAGGCUGUGCUUUGGCUGGGUACACUGGAGGAAAAUAUCUGAAGGAAUCGACCCAAACGGAACCUAUCGAUUCUGAUACUGUAAGAAACGAAAACACUGAAAAUGAACAGUUCCAGCAAAAUAACACAAAUAAAAAUAAAAAGAAUAAAUGACAAUUGUGCAGCUUAUCUUAAUUUUAUUUUCAACGACAUGUACAUACUUCUUUUAGUAUUUAUUAAAUAGGCUAAUAAUCUGGUGUAUUUUUCUUUCUUUUUAAGAAUAUUUGUAACAGUUUUAUUAUAAUGUAAUUAAAAUACCUUAUAUGAUUGAUUGUGACUGAAUUAAAUUGUUGAUUAUUA